GCCCACAGGAAUCCAGCAGUGACAUAGAGCCGCCUUUGCGGGCUCCUGAGAUUGAUGUCACAUGUGGGAUGGAGGAGGAAGAGGCUGCCUUGGAGUCUGAUGAUGGAUCCACCACUUCUGGUCAUCUGGAUUCCGCCCCUGCCCAGUCACAGACCCCUCCCCGUGCACACACCCCUGACCAUGGCCACACCUCUGCACACACCCAGAGCCCUUCCCAUCACCAAACCCAUGACCAUGCCCCGACCACUGCCAGCCCUUCCCAUAUUUCAUAUCCUGUCCCUCCCAAAAAACGCCCAUACACCCCCCUUCGCCGCUCUCCCCGUAUUCUGGCCCGUACAGCUGCCCAGACCCAAACUCCCCACUCCCCAGCUGUACGGCCUACCCUGGAGCAGCAGCUCACCACUCCCCAAGCCAUUCCCAUCCCUCCCCGAGCCAAUCCCAUCCCUUCCCCCUGUUUAAACCUUCAUUGUCCUGGGUGUCAGAUUGUCCUUCCCAGGCACAGCUGUAAGUAUCAUUCUAAAUACACUUUAUAAGAUACUUAAAGGUACAGUGAAGUUAAAUUGGUUAAAUUGUGAUUCAA